CUAUCAAGCAGAGUAGAAGAAGUGUAGAACCCUGAACCUAAAGCCUCUCUUACGAACAUUCGAGCGAGAGUCAUUUCCCACUUCCUACUUCCCUUUCUUCUACUUCUGCAAGUCCCUUUCUUCUCCACCCACAGAUCCCGAUCUAGGGUUUCGUCGCCAACUCUUUGUCUUUCACUCCCUUCUUUUUCUUUUGUUAUUUUUUUUUGAAUCUUUAGCCGUAAAUGUCGAUUGCAGCACAAGCUCCAGAUAUUCUCGGCGAGCGCCAAUCUGGUCAGGACGUUCGCACUCAAAACGUGGUGGCAUGUCAAGCAGUUGCGAACAUUGUUAAGUCCUCACUUGGACCGGUUGGACUCGACAAGAUGCUUGUCGAUGAUAUCGGUGAUGUAACGAUAACAAAUGAUGGUGCUACGAUCCUCAAGAUGUUAGAAGUAGAGCAUCCAGCUGCCAAGGUACUUGUAGAGUUGGCUGAGCUUCAAGAUAGAGAAGUUGGUGAUGGAACAACCUCGGUUGUUAUUGUAGCUGCAGAAUUUCUCAAGAGAGCAAAUGAUCUGGUCAGGAAUAAAAUUCACCCAACAUCUAUAAUUAGUGGCUACAGACUUGCUAUGAGGGAAGCAUGCAAAUAUGUUGAAGAAAAGUUGGCAGUGAAAGUUGAGAAGCUUGGGAAAGAUUCCUUAAUAAAUUGUGCCAAGACAAGCAUGUCCUCGAAGCUGAUAGCUGGUGACAGUGACUUCUUUGCUAAUUUGGUUGUAGAAGCAGUUCUAGCAGUAAAGAUGACCAAUGCACGAGGAGAAGUGAAAUAUCCAAUCAAGGGAAUUAAUAUUUUGAAAGCACAUGGAAAAAGUGCCAGAGACAGCUACCUGCUGAAUGGGUAUGCUCUUAACUCUGGUCGUGCUGCCCAAGGAAUGCCCUUAAGAGUUGCCCCUGCCAAGAUUGCUUGUCUUGACUUUAAUCUUCAGAAGACAAAAAUGCAGAUGGGAGUCCAAGUCUUGGUCACAGAUCCUAGGGAGCUUGAGAAAAUUCGUCAGAGAGAAGCUGAUAUGACGAAAGAACGUAUUGAGAAACUUCUUAGAGCAGGAGCCAAUGUUGUUCUGACGACAAAAGGAAUUGAUGACAUGGCACUCAAGUAUUUCGUGGAGGCUGGGGCUAUAGCUGUCAGACGUGUUCGAAAAGAGGAUAUGCGCCAUGUUGCUAAGGCAACUGGGGCAACAAUGGUUUCUACAUUUGCAGAUAUGGAAGGGGAGGAAACUUUUGAUUCAUCAUUUCUUGGAUAUGCAGAUGAAGUUGUGGAGGAGCGCAUUGCUGAUGACGACGUGGUUAUGAUCAAGGGGACCAAAAGUACAAGUGCGGUUUCGUUGAUCCUUAGAGGUGCAAAUGACUAUAUGCUUGAUGAGAUGGAGAGAGCUCUACAUGAUGCUUUAUCUAUUGUGAAGAGGACCCUUGAGUCCAAUACGGUGGUAGCUGGCGGAGGUGCAGUUGAAGCUGCUUUGUCUGUGUAUUUGGAGUAUCUUGCCACAACUUUAGGAUCACGAGAACAGUUGGCAAUUGCAGAGUUUGCUGAAUCGCUAUUGAUUAUACCAAAGGUGCUUGCGGUCAAUGCUGCCAAAGAUGCCACUGAAUUAGUUGCAAAACUUCGGGCUUAUCACCACACUGCUCAAACCAAGGCUGAUAAGAAACAUUUUUCAAGCAUGGGUUUGGACCUUUCCAAUGGAACUGUUCGUAACAACCUAGAAGCUGGAGUCAUUGAGCCUGCAAUGAGCAAAGUGAAGAUUAUUCAGUUUGCAACUGAAGCAGCCAUAACAAUUCUUCGAAUUGAUGAUAUGAUCAAGCUUGUCAAAGAUGAAAGUCAGGAUCAAGAUUAGGGGGGUUGAUUUCAUUAUUAACGGUCGUCUCCGUAGGUUAAUUGGGAUGCCGUUUUCUAACAUUGAAGAGGGUUAUGGUUUCAUGUUUAUUCCUGUUAUGGGACCUUUUGUUGUACGAUGAUUAUUUGGGGAAGAAGAGUUGAGCAUUUUCCUAACAGAUUUCAAUGCAGAGAGGAAUCUGUUAAAUCUGAGAAGCUAUUAUAAUUUUGUGCCA